GUACACAGCCUGUUUGCAGGUGGUAGUACUGGUUCAAGGGCUGACGCCCACUCACCAGAGGCCGGACGUCCGACGUCCGGCCUCUGUCGCAUCGCUCACGUCCAAAAUUAGUGACCGUACACAGCCUGCAAGAGCAGGUGGUAGUACUGGUUCAUGGAGGUAGCUUUGCAACUGCCCAGGUUUGUUCCCUUGCCGUCUUCUUGUUCACCGUACAGAGCCUACACACUCAGGUGAAAGUACUGGUGCAAGAAGCUUUACGCUCGGGAACUGCCCGGUUUUUCUCCCUUGCUAUCUUUCUUCUAUUUGUUGAAACCCUUGUCCGAAGAUGCCGCCCGAACCGGUUGUUCUCAAGAAGCCUGCCCUCGACCCUCCGGACGCCGUAGAUGCCCCUCCUCCAACUUUUAACCCAUUCCAAUGGAGUAAAGUGGACCUUCUUCGCUGGGGAUCUAUCCUGGGCAACAUAGUUUUUGGAUGGAACGUUGGGACUGUUCGUUCCGUACCCCCGCGUGCCAUGAAUCUUUUAUAUCGGACCCAAACGGUUGGGCGGAAUCAAAGAGGCUCUCGUCCUGAGAAUGCUUGGACUGCUGAUGCACCUGGAGCUCCACCGGCGCCGGAUCCUUUUGUUGCUUAUGUCGAUUCCUUGCUUCAGAGUGUCAUAGGAAACAAUGCAGCACAUCGAGCGAGAUAUACUCAGAAAAACCAAUUUCGUAAAUUAAACAUAGAAUGAUAUCCAUAAGUAAUAAUAUCUAAUAGUCCACAAUUAAAUCCGUCGCUCUAAGCAAAAUAGAAAAUAAC